AUGCGUUUCUCAACUCAAUCCUUCGUUUCUCUUCUCUCGGCCGCCAUCGUCGGCCAGGUCCAGGCGGUUGACCCGCUCGUCGACCUUGGCUAUACUAAACUCCAGGGCGUCGCGGAGCCAAGUGGUGCGACCCGAUGGCUCGGGGUUCGCUUUGCGGCGCCGCCGACGGGCCAGCUUCGAUUUGCCGCUCCUGUUGAUCCUCCCAACACAACCGACGUCGUCGACAACUCCCAGUUUCGCCCAAUAUGCCUGGCCCGUAGUGCGUCGGACUUCACCAUGAAGCCCAACAAGCGCUUCACCACGGACGAGGACUGCCUGUUCGUCAACAUCUUCGCGCCGUCCAACGCGACCCCGGAAUCGAAGUUGCCGGUCAUGUACUUCAUCCAAGGCGGAGGCUUCCAGUCCCUCUCCAACGCGAACUUCAACGGCAGCGACCUGGCCAGGUUCGGAAACAUGCUCGUCGUCCAGGUCAACUACCGCGUCGGGCCGUACGGCUUCUUGCAGAGCAAGGAGGUGCAGGCGGGCGCGAGCAUGAACAACGGUUUGAAGGACCAGAUCCAGGGCCUGAAAUGGCUCAAGCAGCACGCCGCGGCUUUCGGGGGAAACCCCGAUCAGAUGGUGGCUGUGGGAGACUCCGCCGGCGCGACGUCCGUCGCCCUCCUCCUCGCCGCGUUCGGGGACAACGACCCGGGCCUGAUCAAGGGUGCCAUCAUGGAGUCGGUCUCGGUCGCGACUGUCCGUACGCUUGAACAGGGCCAAGAACAGUACAACUGCUUGACGAACGCUACCGGCUGCAAUAAGCAGGCGGAUUCUCUUGCCUGUCUCCGCGGUCUCGAUGCGAAGGCUUUGCAGACGGAAGAGUGCCAGUUCAACCCCAACCUCGACGGCGACCUCGUCAAGGCUCCUACUCUGCAACGAUUCGCUGAGGGCAAAUACCUCAAGGUCCCAACCAUCGCCGGCACUUGCACUGACGAAGGAACCAAGAACGUGCCGCAGAGUACUGACAACACCGCUGACGCUCUCAAGACGAUCAACAACCAAGCCACCCAGUCUCUCAGCAAUGCGUCUCUGGCUCUUCUCCAACAAACCUAUCUCGAUGUCCAGCAGCCUGUAUUCCCGAAGUCCGGCAAGUUGUGGCGUCAGCUUGCGACCGCCCACGGUGACUUCAGAGCGCACUGCAUCACCAAGAUCUUCCAGGAUGCGCAGGCUCGUGACGGUGUGAAGACAUUCAACUACCGUUACGGCCCCAUCGACGACGAGCAGGAGGCUCUGGGCUUUGGUGCCUAUCACACCGUCGAGUUGAACGGUGUCUUCGGCCCCAACAACACCGACGGCGCUCCGCCCAAGAGUUACUCGACGACCAACGCACCCAUCGUGCCGUUGACUCAGGCGUACUGGGCCAGCUUCAUCCGCACUCUUGACCCCAAUGCUGCCAAGAUCCAGGCAGGCAUGCCGGAAUGGCAGGUGUGGACUGUUGAUGGCAAGCAGAGACUCUUGUUCCAGAACAACACUGGUACGAUGGAGGGAAUGCCCAUCGCUCAGCAAGACAACUGCGCAACACUCGCUCCCAUGAUCCCCUUCAUCGAAACUCCUGCGACGGAUGCUCAAAAGGCCAGCGUAGAGUUGAAGAGGGUCAACUCACAAGCGACGCCACCCAAGCCUCCAGCUCAGGUCACGUCUGCCAAUGGUCUGGAUGGCGCGCUCGCUCGAUUCCAGAUGGAGAUGGAGACCAAGAAGAAUGGAACUGAGAAGGGACAUGGAGGAGGCAAGGGUAAAGGCAAGGGCAACAGCACAGGCAACGGAGAAGGUGGAAAGGGUAAGGGCAAGGGCAAGGGCGAACACGGAGGCGCGAAAGGCAAUGGCACUGAGACCGGCGGAGGAAAAGGCAAAGGCAAAGGAGGUAAGGGCAAGGGCAACAGCACGAUGCCUGGCGGAGGAAAGGGGAGAGGAAACGGUACUGCUGGCGGCGGCGGCGGCAGAGGUAACUCCACGCCUCCAGUCACUCUUCCUCCCGGCAGAAGCUCAGCAACCGAAACUGCCCACGGGCUUACAUGGAUGUGGACGUCCAUAGUCGUUGUGUGCUUGGGUCAGUUCCUCUUGGCUUGA